UCAGAUAUGAGAGUGAGGAUGAAGGGGCAGUUAUUUGUCAGAGCAUUGAGCAUGGCAGGUCAGACAUACAUAUGCCACGUUUCUUCACGUUAGCCUCUUUCUCUCUGGGUUUUUCAAUUUCAGUUUUUUGCAAUGCUAUUACUGCUACCACCUACGUUCCCUUCUCAAACGCGCUUGCCUUUUCCCUCCACUCCCAAACUCAAGGUUGUGUCCGAAACAGAUGUCUUCCCUUCAUUUCUCCCUAAAGAAAUCCACAGAAUCAAAGACCCUUUUGCGAGAAACCUUGCUAAACGGAUUCAGAGACUUCCCGUUGCUGUUAGGUUCUUGGAAAAUCCUAUCAUGAGUAGUUGUGUGAAGCCGAUGAUGCAGAACAAGGAAAAUCCAAUUGUCCUACUUCAUGGCUUUGACAGCUCAUGUUUAGAAUGGAGAUAUACAUAUCCAUUGCUUGAGGAAGCUGGUUAUGAGACAUGGGCUGUUGACAUUCUUGGUUGGGGUUUCUGUGAUCUAGAAAAACUUCCUUCAUGUGAUGUGGUAUCAAAGCGUGAUCAUUUUUAUCAGUUUUGGAAGUCCCACAUCAAAAAGGCAAUGAUAUUGGUUGGUCCAAGCCUUGGCUCUGCAGUUGUCAUUGAUUUUGCAAUCAAUUAUCCAGAAGCUGUGGAAAAGCUUGUUUUGAUUGAUGCUAGUGUGUAUGCAGAAGGAACAGGAAACCUAGCAACCUUACCUAAAGCAGCAGCGUAUGCUGGGGCAUAUCUAUUGAAGAGCAUUCCAUUACGCGUAUAUGCUAACUUUUUGUGCUUCACAAACUUGUCUUUCGGUACUAGCCUCGAUUGGACUAACGUGGGUCGCUUGCAUUGUUUAUUACCAUGGUGGGAGGAUGCCAUUGUUGAUUUUAUGACGAGCGGUGGUUAUAAUGUUGUCUCCCAGAUAAAAAAGAUAAAGCAGAAAACUCUAAUCAUUUGGGGGGAGAAUGACCGCAUAAUCAGCAAUAAGCUUGGUGUGCGACUGCAUUGUGAAUUACCUGAUGCCAUUAUACGCCAAAUACCAGAUUGUGGUCACCUUCCUCAUGUUGAAAGACCAGAUUCUGUAUUCAAAUUGAUUGUUGAAUUUGUUCAGAGCAAGAGCACGACAGAAAAUGAAUGUGUUUCACCUUUGUGACAAGGAACCAUGCUUUAUUUUUCUAGUUGCACUUUUCAUUUGUCUUAGCUCUACUCUAAUACAAAAUAGAAACAAAAAAAGUACACACACCAUAGCAUUUUGUUA